AUGCCUAAACACACUCACAUUCCCGAUCUGACUGGCCGGAUUGUGGAUUGUGGCCGCUUGAAACUGCUUAGUCGUAUCGGAUCCGGCUCUUUCGGUGUGGUCUAUCGCGCUCUCGACUUGACUUCGCCGGUCAGCAAGCCUCGAUACUUUGCGGUCAAGUGCCUUGGGCCGCCUUCUAGGCGGAUCUCGCGAGAGCUCGAUGCUCAUUACGAAUGCUCCGAACACCCAUCGAUUGUCACUCUCCAUCGAGACUUCUUCGACAGUGACCUCAUCUUUGCUGUGCUCGACUUGAUGCAGGGGACGAUGAUGCAGCAUGUCGAACGAGGGCUCACAUACGUCAGCGAUGCCGCUCUCAAGUCUACAUUUCUUCAGAUUCUGGAUGCUGUCGAGCACAUACACGACAACGGUCUUGGUCAUCGGGACCUCAAACCGGAGAACAUUUUGUGCAGUGAAGAUGGUCUGACGGUGAAGAUCUGUGAUUUUGGAGUCGCGGUGGACUGCGAGCGUGCACAUUUGAGCAUGGCGGGGUCUCUUCCCUACAUGCCACCUGAGGUCCUUGAGCUCGGUCCACUGAUCAAGUCAUAUUCGGCUGCUGCUGGCGAUGUGUGGGCUUGCUGCAUUCUUUUGUUGAACAUGAUCGGCGGCCGCUGUCCGUGGAAGCAAGCAGACACUGGCGAUUUCCAGUUCGCCAUGUUCCUGGAGGAUCCGCUCUACCUGAUGGCCACCUUCCGCAUCUCAGAACCUCUGUAUCGUCUGUUACUUCGCGGACUGCACCAGGAUCCCAGGUACCGGCCUUCUGUCACUGAACUUCGCCGCGGAAUCAAAAAGAUCAAGCAUUUCUACAAGAGAGAGCCAUCGGAUCCUCUUGCUUUCGCUGCCCCUUUCAUCUCCAAGAUGAAGAAGUUGAUUGUCUCAAAGCGCUCGCCGCCGAUUGUCAAGCCUGCCGUUGUUGUGCCUGCAGCUGCUUCCAGACCCCCUCCGGUCACCCCGGUCCAGUUGCCUCCUCCGAUGUCUCGUGGCGAGCUGUCACUGCGCCCCAUGGUCUUCAAGACGGUCUGGAGCACCCCGUACGGCUCGGAGCCCCCUAGCGCUCAGCCGAGCUGGCAUCGAUCGGACCACGGGAGCUCCUCGCCCGAGUCCGACUGGGUGUCUGUUCUGUCUACGUUCAAUUCGCAAGCAGAGGUCGUGUUCGCGCCUGUCGGCAGCGUCGCUAUGUCGGCUUGUUCCUCACCUCUUCCUUGGCUCAAAGACGAUGUUCCCGCUCCCGUCGCAAAGCUGGCUCUGUUGGCGCCUCCCUCGUUCUCAACCGCAUCGAGCAGUGCUCCUUCCCAAUCCUCAAGCUCGACUCGUCCUUCAUUCGCAAACUCAGAGCUCGUCUCAAAAUACUCGACGCACGGAUCCGGCCGGUUUGGUCUUUUGCGCAGCUGGCCGCAGCAGAGUGAGUCUGCUUGAGGGCGGGUCGAUAUGAGAUGAGGGGCUCGGCGGCUGAGUUUGGGCGGGUAGGUUAUUCUUUUGCUAAAUAUCCAUCAUCUAGCGCGUGUUCCCGUCCCGUUGUUCCACUAACACCCCUUAGCUCCUUGUUCUCUCUAUCUUCUCUAGCUCGGAGGAAGCUGAGAGUUUGGCCACCCCGAUGACGCUUCCAGUGAUGAGCCCUCCAUGACUCCUCAAAGUUCUCGUCACGGCUUCUAGAUCAAGCCCACAGUCGAAAACUGCACCUUAGGCUAAGACCUAUCUUUUGACAUGACCUAAUCCCAGUUUCACGCUUAUCUCGCAGACCAAACUCUCUGGAUAUCGACCCCUCGAUCAUAAUAUGCAGAUAAGUCAAUUCUUCUCUCCACCCAGAGAGGUUGAGAGGCUGGCCAUCUCAAGGAUAUCUCGAUGAUGGGUCUCUGAUUUCCGUCGCGAACCGCAUUCCUAACAAGCCGUCUCGUCUAGAUCGAUGGACCGGCGUACUUAUACAAUUCGCUCGAAACACUCACGAAAAAGAUAAGUCUCCUUUGCUUUCUUUGCCCGGAGGAGACUGAGAGUCUGGCCAUCUCAAUGACGCUCCAAUGAUGGGCUCGUUUGUUCGUUUUUUGCGCGCAAAAAGAUUGUUCUAACAAUAAACGCGCAGGCUGGUCUCCCGCUCGCGACAAUUCCCACUCGAAGACCAAUAGUCAAAGCUGAGUCGCUUCUAACCUUCGCUCUGAGGAGUCUGAAGGGCUGGCCACCCCGAUGAUGACUCUGAUGACGAGCAUGUUUUUCGUGCAUCGUCGCCCGUUCAAAUGACUGACUAGAUUUCUGUCAGAUUCUUGUGCGAAUUCCGCUCAUAACGAUAAAAAAACAUUCGAGUGUCGGUUUUCUGACUGGAUGGGCCGCUGGCAUUGGAUGCACGAGUGAGAUAUGGUCCCUGAUGCGACGACUCGCCACGCUUGGACUCGCUCGCUGAGAUCGACAUGGAUAAUAACUUAUAUACAGUGAAGUAAUUACUGUGCAAGGCAAGUAUGACACUGCGCUCUAGUAGUCCUCCACUGACUUUCAGAACAGAUCCCAAACCGAAACUCGCGGGAAGACGAGUUUAAGAGACUCGGCGUGAUGUUUGGGCGCCUGGAUUCUUUUCAUCCUCUUGCGGCAUACCCUAGUCGAACCCUCGCUUGUAACACCAUCCAGAGCGUCCUCACCAAGCUCUAGUACAGUCACAUUUGGAUGCCGGAUGACCACACCCAAAAUCGACCCCAACGCGAUCCCGCAUCUGGCCGUGAUCCGUAAGACGUAGAGGUACUCGCGCAGCUCCAGUGCGUCCAAAAUGGCGGAAUAUCGUGCACCCGUCAGCUCUGGAUGAGGAAUCAACUCCAAUGUCGUCUUUUCGCGAUUGCCGAGUGUCACCAGCGUCAAUUCUCCACCACGAAGCUUUUGGACACGCAUCCCGAAAUCCUUGCCUCCUUCAUGCAACGGAUCUCGAUAACGCAUCGUGCGGUGGGGGGAUUUCCCCAAGUCAUGUGUGAUUCGGCUUUCAUCGCACCAGGGUAUAUGGUGCAUCGCGCGGUGUCUCGCGAGCAGGAAGGUUCCAGCAUUGUACACGACGCUUGCGACAGCGACUACGGGAACAACUGCGAUCAGGAAUACGACGGGCAGAUCCAGCAGACUGAUGCCCAUCAUCCGGGGUUGCGCGAGGAGAGGGAUGUAUUCUGUUGGUUGCAAGCGUCGUGAUGAAAUCUUGAGUCGACCGUUCAUCACAAAGACGACGAUAUCGAGUGCGCUGUGUGGGAUGGCGGUGACGAUGAACGUCGCUAUCUCGCGUGUGGAUGCAAACAUCUGCAUGGUCGGGGGAAGGAUAAUUUCGUCCAAUUGGAUCAUAGAUUUCUCGAAUGAACCCAACAAGCGUAUGAGCUUUCGUCCGUCCCUAUGGCUGUACCCUGGGGGGCUGCCCUGUUCCAGUGAGAGACCACGCAAAGGCGCGAGACCAACCCCGAUAGCGAUAGCGAGGUGGCUGAAGCCAAGUGUGGUGGUGCUUAGUUUGCCGUUCUGCAGAUCCUCAUUCGGGAAUCCUGUUGCGUGUAGGAAGGGAAGUACGGACAAACGUCGAAGGCGGGACGAGACCAACAUGAGACUAGAAAGGUCCACCGAGCGAAGAAAGGACACUAUUUCAGAAAGGAGUUCGUCGGGGAGGUCGAGCAAGGUCAUUCUGUCGGACCUCUCUCGGACCAGAGAGUGGGUGAGAAUCGAGAGGCGUCGAUAUACAUCUCGGGUCUACGAACAUCUGGUCUUCAGGCACGAUAUCACUACUCGGAGCUCACCGCCCAAGUCUCGACUCGACCUCUUGCGAGCACUCUCAGUGCGGUUGGGAAAGGUGCAUUCCACCCACAACACAAUGAAAGGAACAGUCUCUGAUUGAUCUUCCCACACAGCCUUGGAGUUUGACCUCGUUCAAGUCUGAAGAGAUGUGUGGCUCGAUUGGCGUUCCGGAGCCAGACUAGGUGAGGCACAUCAAGCGCUUAUCGAGCAAUGAGGUCUCAGAAGAGCGCUAAUGCCUGGUAGCGAAUACGAUCAAGCUGUCGUGGGAAAGUAUUUGAUGUAUGAUAUCAUAAUCCCUCACCCCUCCUUCCGUACCAG